AUGUCAUGUUUAUUUAAUAAAUUCGGAUCAAACUGGAAACCAAACCAUCUAUUAUUCAAGGCUUGUAGACCUAAGUCAACCGUUAGAGAUAAAUUCCGUGAGAUAGUUCAAAGUGGACCAGACUUAUCAGAUUUUAUAAAUGAAACACCAAUAACAUCAGAAAACUAUAGUGGUAAAUUGAGACGAGCAAAAGGUGAAGAAGAUAGAUUGCGUUUACCUCCUUGGCUUAAGACUAAAAUACCAACCGGGGAAAACUUUUCAAAAAUAAAAGAACAGCUACGUGACUUAAACUUGCAUACUGUUUGUGAGGAAGCUCGAUGCCCAAACAUUGGUGAAUGUUGGGGUGGAGGUAAACACGGCACAGCUACUGCAACAAUAAUGUUAUUGGGUGACACUUGUACUAGGGGAUGUCGAUUUUGUUCUGUCAAAACAUCUAGAGCUCCACCACCUCCUGAUCCCAACGAACCAGUUAAUACAGCAAAAGCCAUUGCAUCAUGGGGACUUGAUUAUAUUGUGUUAACAUCAGUUGAUCGUGAUGAUUUGGCUGAUGGUGGAUCUGCUCACUUUGCUGAGACUGUAGUUGAAAUAAAACAGCGUAAUCCUAAUAUAAUGAUUGAGUGCUUGGUACCUGAUUUCCGUGGAUCAGCUGAUAAUAUUAAAACUAUUGUAGAUUCCGGUUUAGAUGUUUUUGCUCAUAAUAUUGAAACUGUUGAAAAGCUGACACCAUUCGUUAGAGAUCGAAGAGCAAAUUAUAGACAAACUAUGUCAGUGUUACAUAAGGCCAAAGAAUUUAAUCCACAACUCAUAACUAAAUCAUCCAUAAUGCUGGGUCUUGGCGAAACUGAUGAGCAAAUUGAACAAACAUUUAAAGAUCUAAAAGAAUCAUUAGUGGAUUGUGUUACACUUGGACAAUACAUGCAACCUACAAAACGACAUUUAAAAGUUGUAGAAUAUGUCACUCCUGAGAAGUUUAAACAUUGGCAAGAGGUUGGCGAUAAGAUGGGAUUUUUGUAUACAGCAAGUGGUCCACUUGUAAGAAGUUCAUACAAAGCUGGUGAAUUCUUUAUUGGCAAUGUAUUAAAAAAACGUAAAGAAGUACAAGAGUCUAAAAUAUCUGACACCACUUAA